ACAAAUAGCAACUCAGCUAAGCUAGUUAAUUUGUUGUGAGCUUUUGUUGAUCAUAUUAUAUAAAGCAAUAUAAUCUAGCAAAGUCCGACAUUACAUUAAUUAGCAUGGCAACCUCCGUCCAAGAAAUCCGGAAGGCGCAGCGGGCCGAGGGACUGGCCGCCGUGCUGGCCAUCGGCACCGCCAACCCGCCCAACUUCUUCAUGCAGGCUGAUUAUCCCGACUUCUACUUCCGAAUCACCAACAGCGAGCACAAGACUGAACUCAAGCACAAGUUUAGACGCAUGUGUAUGUACCUUUUAAUUACAUCACAGUACUCAUCAGACAACUGGUUCCUUAAAUACAUGGCGCCAUCGCUGGACGCACGGCAAGACAUAGUGGUGGUGGAGAUACCAAAGCUAGGCAAAGAGGCGGCGGUCAAAGCCCUAAAGGAGUGGGGCCAGCCCAAGUCAAAGAUCACCCACCUCAUCGUCUGCACCACCUCCGGCGUCGACAUGCCCGGCGCCGACUACCAGCUCCUAAAGCUCCUCGGCCUCCGGCCCUCCGUCAGGCGCUUCAUGAUGUACCAACAAGGCUGCUUCGCCGGCGGCGCCGUCCUCCGUCUCGCCAAGGACAUGGCCGAGAACAACAAGGGCGCUCGCGUUCUUGUCGUCUGCUCUGAGAUCACUGCUGUCACGUUCCGCGGGCCCUCCGAACUCCACCUGGACUCCAUGGUGGGCCAGGCCUUGUUCGGCGAUGGCGCCGCCGCAGUCAUUGUCGGCGCGGAACCGGACUUGGCUAUCGAAAGGCCGCUCUUCGAGCUGGUGUCGGCGGCCCAGACGAUCCUUCCGGACUCAGAGGGCGCGAUCGACGGGCAUUUGAGGGAAGUAGGGCUGACGUUUCAUCUCCUCAAGGACGUGCCAAUGCUGAUAUCGAAGAACAUAGGGAAGAGUUUGGAGGAGGCGUUCACUCCCCUCGGGAUCAGCGACUGGAAUUCGAUAUUCUGGGUGGCGCACCCGGGAGGGCCGGCGAUUCUCGACCAGGUGGAGGCGACAGUGGGGCUGAAGAAGGAGAAGCUGAGGGCCACUCGCGAGAUGCUCAAAGAGUACGGAAACAUGUCAAGCGCAUCUGUGCUCUUCAUAUUGGAUGAGAUGAGGAAGAAGUCGGCGGAGGAAGCCAAGUCCACCACCGGCGAAGGCCUUGACUGGGGCGUCCUCUUCGGCUUCGGCCCCGGCUUGACCGUCGAGACUGUCGUGCUCCGUAGCCUUCCCAUUAAUUAAUUAAAAUUGCCUGAUUAAUUAAAUUAAGCCAUUUCAUGUGAUUAUUUUUUGUAUGGUUCAUAAAUCUAUGUUAUACGUGUUUCAACAAUAAGUGUGAUUGUGAUGGGUAUAAAAUAAAUUAGCUAUUUUGGCAUA